AUGAAGUCAAGUUUCAAGAAGUCACAAUUUGUCUGGGCUAGAACAAAAGGACGUAAAUAUUUAUUUAAUUUAAUUAGAUCCCUGGUGGCCAGGAACCGUAAUUUAUUUAUUUAUCUUAUUAGAUUACCAAAGUAAUCGAUGGAAAUUAGUAUGCCAUUAAUUUCAUUGGUGAUGAUUCACAGUAAGGGUACAUUCAUAAUAUAUAUAGCUCCAUAUUGACGAGUGAUAAUCUUUUUGAUUUUCAAGAGAAAUUUGAGGAAUUCAAUGAUAAAGUCAAGAAAAACAAAAAAUUGAAAGAAGCAAUUCAAACUGCGCAAAAACUCUAAAGACCGCCAUUUUCAUAAUAAGAAAAACAAAAAAAAAAGCACAGUGAUAGUGAAUAAGAAGAUAAAAAGAAAAGUAUCAUAAUUAAACGAAAUCUGCGAACAUCUUUCAAAAAGCCAGAGACUCCAAAUAAAGAUGUAUUAAAAUUAAAUUAAAAAGAAUGUAUAAAAAUCCCCAUUGUAGGAAACUCCUCAGAUGCAUCAGAAGAAGCAACAUCUAGACAGGGAAUUUUAAGAUUUGUUGUUAUUAUUGAUAGCUGCCCAAUUAAAUUAUGAUUAGAUUAAAUAGAAAUUGACACCAAUCCUUGAUACAAUUGAAGCCUAGGUAGCUCAAAAUAAUACUAUCACUGAAGUUCUAUCUGAGAGAAAGGGAUCUAUCCUGAAUGCUGUCUAUUUAAUAUUGAAACACCAAAGUGAAUAAAAUCCAGAUCACUUUUUUUAAAGGGAUAUUCAUUAAUAAAUAACAAGAUUACAUGAGUUAAUUAGCAAAUUAAAAAACUCAUUAUUAAAUUAAUUCUUCAAUGCUGCCAACAUCAUUCAGAAUUUAUCUGAAGUAAAUAGAAGUAUUUUACUAAAUUUUAUCCAUUUUAUAGGUUAAGUCUUCACAAACAUUAUGAAUUAGGACAAGAUUAAUGAGAAGAAGACACCUCAAGUGCCUCAAAAACAAACAGUUGAGAAAACAAAAAAAUAAAAAAAGAAAGACAAAACUGAAAAUAAAAUUCAAAUCAAUGAGGGCAAUGCUUAAAUUACUGAUAACAUUACUGUAUAAAAUAACAAUAACAACAAUACUAAUUAAUAAAAGAAAGAAUAAGUAUCAAAUGAAGAGUAGAAAAUUGAAGAGAAAAAGAAUAAUAUUGAAUAAACUAAAAUAAGUAAGUAAGAUGUUGGAGGUUAAAAAAAAGUAUAAAAGAAAAAUGAAAUCCCUGAUUAAGGCUUAAGAAGAAAGGUUUGUCUGAAUAUGUUAGAAUUGGUUCAAAUGUUGGGAAUGGAAGAGGAAGAAGCAAAGAAAAUUACAAUAAAAAUAGAGAGUUUGGGGAGGGAAGCGGAUCCAUUAAUGAGAAAUAAGUAUGCUAAGUUGAUGUGGCAUUGCAUAGUUAAUUUAGAUGUAUAUGAUUGGAAAUAUGAUUUAAGAGUAAAUUAUUAAAAAGGGAGGAGUUACUAAAUCUGAUAGAUGAGAAUGCAGAUCAAAGUGAUGUUUGGAAUAAAUUGACAUUAUAACCAAUAGACAGGACACGGAAAUUGAUUCAUAUAUGA